UCCCAUGAACUAGUGUUACCCAACUUUUACAUAAACACGCAGCUCAUAAGCCUCAACUGCAGAGAGGUCUGGAAUUCGGGCUGAUCACUACUCGUUUGCAAAAGCAGAGACUGCAACCCACUGUGAAGAGCUUUUGGAAAAUCUUUGAAAAGGUUGGGAAUUGCAAACAUGUUUCUGUUCCUUUACCUGGUCAUCAACCUGGGCCUCUCUGCAUCUGGUGUUGUGAGGGGAGAAGGUGAGGCUGAUUCCAACAGAGACAGCCCACUUCAAGACAUACAGAAAAAAGUGAAUGACCUGUGGCAGAAUUUACUCUACCCACAGUUCAUCAAUGAGACGACUAACCAGCUAGGUUAUGCCACUUGUGAAGUGAAGCCCAGCUCCAAUCUAGAUGCUGACAAGCCACAGGUGACAGGCCGAGUCUUGUUCAGACAGUCCUACCCAAAUGGAAAACUAGAAGCUCUCUUUGACUUGAAUGGGUUUCCAUCAGGCAGCAAUCAGUCUGGCAGAGCUAUUCACAUCCAUGAGCUCGGAGACCUCAGCAACAGCUGUGACUCUACUGGGGGGCACUAUAACCCUUUCAACGUGAACCACCCUCGCCAUCCAGGGGAUUUUGGCAACUUCUACUCUAAAGAAGGCAAAAUUAGAAAACACAAGCCAAAUCUGCUUGCCACUCUGUUUGGCCCUUACUCCAUCAUGGGGAGAUCCAUUGUGAUCCAUGAGCAGGAAGAUGACAUGGGCAAAGGUAACAAUAAAGCCAGUUUGGAGAAUGGGAACGCUGGCAGACGUCUAGCUUGCUGUGUCAUUGGGAUAUGCAACAAGAACUUAUGGGAGAAAAAGCUUCCUGACAUUACAGAGAGGAGGAAGAAGAGGAUCACAAAUGAGCACAAAACAACCAAGCCUAACUAAAGACCAACACGCCAUCUAUUGCCUAGGCAGCACAGAAUAGAUAUAGUCCAUGUAACUGAUCUCAGAGACAUGGGAAAGGUUUCCCGUUUCCAUUGAGUCUCUGUCUUGCUGCUCUCUAAGAAACGCAUAUUGCUCUAUAGAUUUUUUUCCCUGCUGUAAGCAGAUUAAUAAAAAACAGCAUCAACUCAA